AUGCUGAAUGCAGUUCCCUAUUCGAACCACACCAACUCCAGUGAUAUUGUGAUUGUACGCGACUGGAAGUCCUUGUAUUAUGUUCUCACCCACCUGGCUCCCUUUUCCUUGACUGUGGAUCGUUACGUCACUCCCAUCUGGUGCGCCAUCGGCGUGCUUGGAAAUCUG